AGGCUGAGUGUCCUGACAGCGAGGGAAAGAUGCAGGGAGGGAGAGACCCAGGGACGCGAUCAAAGCUGAAUCAGCUACAGAGACUGGCGGGACAAAGGGAGGGAGGGGGAGGAGCUUGGGCGCCGAGAAAGUUUAUGGGGAGAGUUGAGCCGAGCGAGGAAUCGGGCGGUGGCUGGGGCAGGCGGGAGGACGAGACCCUGAUUUCCCUGCUGCUCCUCAGGUGGCCUGGACAAACUGUCGGUGGGCGCUGGAGGCUGACGGCACCUAGAGGAGCAGUUGCGGGGCACCUAGAAGACCCGAGGACGCUGACAGAGGCAAAAAUCUGCUAACUCAGGGGGCAGACUCAACCGGGGCUGCGAGCAGAUCUGGGGAAUGACCCCCCGAUCUCGAACCGGCGCCUUCUGCGUCCGCACGGCUGUCUCAAGCUGUCUCUGCUUCUGUGCCUGUCCCUGUCCCUCAAUAGCAUCACCCUUCCCGGUGCCACAUGGGCCAUCUGUCUUCUACCAGGACCAUGCGCCUCUGGGGGCCCCGGAGCCUGGGGGUGGCUCUGGGAGUCUUCAUGACCAUCGGAUUUGCCCUCCAGUUCUGGGGGGGUCCCUUCCAGAGGAGGCUCCCGGGGCUGCAGCUCCGACAGUCCUGGGCUCCAUCCCCGGGACUAGCUCUUCCAUCCUGCUCACCACGACAGCGACUCGUGUUCCUCAAGACUCAUAAAUCCGGGAGCAGCUCUGUGCUGAGCCUGCUGCAUCGCUACGGGGACCGGCACGGGCUGCGCUUCGCCCUCCCUGCCCGCUACCAGUUUGGUUAUCCAAGACUUUUCGAGGCCUCUCGGGUCAAAGGCUAUCGCCCUCAGGGUGGAGGCACCCAGCCCCCCUUCCACAUCCUCUGUCAUCACAUGAGGUUCAACCUGAAAGAGGUACUUCAGGUCAUGCCUUCUGACAGCUUCUUCUUUUCCAUUGUUCGAGACCCAGCAGCUCUGACCCGCUCUGCCUUCUCCUACUAUAAAUCCACCUCAUCGGCUUUCCGCAAAGCACCCUCCUUGGCUGCCUUCCUGGCCAAUCCUCGAGCCUUCUACCGGCCAGGGGCCCGUGGAGACCACUAUGCGCGCAACUUGCUAUGGUUUGACUUUGGCCUCCCCUUCCCUCCAGAGAUGAGGACCAAAAGAGGGAAUCCUCGCCCCCCCAGAGACCCCAAGGCCCCACAGCUGCGUGUCUUGCCUUCUGGUGCUGGCCCUCCAGCCCACACCCUGGAUCCUAACGCUCUCUUCCAUCCUGUUCCCACCCUUGCUGACGGUCACAGUAGGACAUCCAGCCCUGCUUCUUCAGAUUUGGGAUCUUCAUCCUUCAUCCAGUGGAGUCUGGCCUGGCUGGACUCUGUCUUUGACUUGGUCUUGGUGGCUGAGUACUUCGAUGAGUCACUGGUCCUGUUGGCAGAUGCCCUGUGCUGGGGGCUAGAUGACGUGGUGGGCUUCAUGCACAACGCCCAGGCUGGAGGCAGGCAGAGUGGAAGUGCUGUCAGUGACGAUGGGCUGACUGCUGAGGACAGGCAGCUGACUGCACGGGCCCGGGCCUGGAACAAUCUAGACUGGGCUCUCUAUGUCCACUUCAACCACAGUCUGUGGGAACGGAUAAAGCAAUACGGCCAGAGCCGGCUGGACAGUGCUGUGGCGGAGCUCCGGGCUCGCCGAGAGGCCCUGGCUAAACAUUGUCUUGUGGGGGGUGAGGCUUUAGACCCCAAAUACAUCACAGACCGGCGGUUCCGCCCUUUCCAGUUUGGGUCAGGAAAGGUUCUGGGCUACGUGCUUCGGAGUGGACUGAGCCUCCAGGACCAGGAAGAGUGUGAGCGCCUGGCUACCCCUGAGCUACAGUACAAGGACAAGCUGGAUGCCAAGCAGUUUCCCCCAACAGUCUCUCUGCCCCUUAAAAAUUCAAGGCUAUCCUCUCCCUAGGCAUCAGACCACUACAUCUUAAGCUGAAGAGCCGCCAAGCCACAGGGCACAUGUGAUGAGUGUGGGGCAGUCAAAUGCCCUGUUUCCCUCAGAAAGCAUAUCUGCUCCCUAGAGGACCAGUGGAACUUUGCAUGGACUGGUCUCCAUGACCUACUGCCUGUGCAGAGGAAUCCCAGUCCUACCAGUAACCUCCUCCCUCCCCCUUUCGGCCCCUUCCUCUUUCCAGCACGACCCCCACACACUGCAGUUCCAAGUAGCACUCUCAGAGGUGCCCUGGAGGAGCAAACCUUGGAGUAUGUCAGAGAAAGCUUGGAACCCAAAGGACUGGAAUAAUGAGUCCAUUUCUAUAUGAAAUAUUUGUUACUGGGCUAUGCUCAUUUCACCAUGAAAUGUUUGUUGAAUGAAUAAAUAAUUUGGAACUUCGA